AUGUUAUCAACAGAAAAUAAUAUUAGCAUAUGUAGUAAAUAUAUAAAUUCAAUCGAUGAAAAAGGUGAAGAUAAUAAUUAUGAAUUAGUAUCAAAUUUUUUCAAUUCAUUUGAACCAGAUGAAAAUAGUAUAAUUAAUAUUAUAAAUGGCGAUGGUGAUGAUGAUAAUUCAAAUAAAAAUGAAAAAUCUAAUAAUCAACAUAAUGAUGAAAAUGAAGAAGAAAAUGAUGAUUUUGAAAUUUAUGAUAAAGAUGAAAUCAUUUAUAAACCAGAAUCAUUUGGAAAAUUAUCUAUGGUAUCAAAAAGAUUUUAUUCAAUAUCAAAUGAUCCAAGUGUUUGGAAAUAUGUAAUUAGAAAAUGGCAAAAUAAAACAAUAUCAAAAUUAAAGAAAAAAAUAUAUUCAAAAAAGCCUUCAUUACUAGUUAAUAGAAUAUUGGUACCUCCAAUUGUUUUAGAUGAACAAGGUGACGUAGUUACAGGACCAUUGCCAGCAUAUGAUGCUUCAAUAGCGCAUGCACUUACUCAUUUGAAUGCUACCACUGAAACCGCAUCAACAAUAAAUGAAUUUAUUGCUCUACAAUUAAAUAAUGCUGAAGAUAGUGAUUUUGAAGAUGGUGAUAAUAGUAAUAUAAAACUAAGAAAUUUUAAAAAUAAUCAAUUAAAACAAAAACAAAUCAAUAAUAAUAAUAAUAAUAAUAAUGAUAAUAAAAAUAAUAGUAAUAGGGGCUGUGGAAGUAAUAAUAAUAAUAAUAAUAAUAAUAAUAAUAAAAAUAAAAAUAAUUCAAGUAAUAGUACAAAUAAUGGUUGUAGUAGCAGUAAUAAUGGAAAUAAAGUUGAAUGUGAUGGAUGUGAUCCUGAUAAUAUUAAAACACUAAAAAGUAAAGAUUAUUAUAUAAAAUCAUAUAUAAAAAUAAAAGACGAACUUUCAAAUAGAAUGACAAUAGUAAAAGUUCAAGAACAACAUCAAAAGAAAAUUAAAAAUAUUUCAAUCUCAUCAAAACUAAUGUUUUAUACAUUAUUUUCAAGACCAAGUGAAUGGUUUUCAGUAUUAUUUUUAAUAUUAUUCACUUUAUUAAUUGGAUUAAAAUUGGAUAAUUACUUGAAUUGGAGUUGGCCAAUAGUUUUCCUUCCAUUAAUGCUAUUAACGUUUCAAUUUUUUGUAACUCCUUUAAUAUUUGUUAUUUUUAAAGUAAUGUUUAAUCAUUCAUAUGAAGAAGAAUUAGCACCAGAUUCAUUUAUAAAACCAUUAUUUUUUUCAUUAUUUUUUAUAUUACCAUUACAACCAAAUGAAACCAUAUCAAAAGUAUUAUUAUUUACUCCAAUUUUAUGUAUGAUUUCAUUUGUGGUAUUAUUAGUUUCAAAAUUAAUGAUGGAAUAUAUUUCAUGGGUUUAUGUGUUUAUUCCCAUUUUUAUGUUUUGUAUUUACUUUAUGAUUCUUACUGUUGGAUUUCCAGAAAGAAUUGAUUCAGAAUUAGAAUUUCUCGAUCAAGGUACAUUAAUUUUUAGCUCAAUGUUUUUUAGUUUUUUUAUUUUACUAUUAUUUUUAAAGGUUGGAGAGGCAGUUAAUUACGAUUGGUAUUUAAUAUUUUCACCAAUGUUUUUAAUUAAACUUAUGGCAUUGAUAUAUCCAAUUAUUAUUAGAAUCACUAGUGUUUCAAAAUAUUCAGACUGGUUAGAAGGAAAAUCCAAAUGGUUCAGAGAAUCUGGCUCUUUGUCGUUGGUUAUUUCUUUCUUUUUUUUAGUAUCAUGCCCAUUCUUUGUUUUUGAAAUAAUGUUAAUUCAGAAUUUAAAUUUUCCAAAUGAUGCCUAUAAAUAUUCAAUUAUAGCAGAUUCAUAA